AUGGCGGACGACAUGGAGAUCUCGUCGGACCAUGGCCAUAAUGUUGACGAUGACAUCGACAUUGAUAUCGACUUUACUACUGGAGAGGCAGAUGAGAUUGGGGACGAAGAUUACAUGGUGGACGAGGCGCCAGCGGAAACAGCUUUUGGCCACCCAUAUCUACCUUCAGCAGGUCAGGACGGCUCUACAGUUGACGAUGUUGCUAUGUUUGACGAAACAAGUGGGGAAGACCACAGGCUUGACGAGGGCUCCGUCGGAGAUGUUACGAUCACCCUGGAGGAUGGUUCUUUCGCGGAGCUCCCUGAGAACAUGGAAUUACCUGGCUCAUCAUUUAUAAUGGACGGCACUUCGGAUCUAGCAAUAGGAUUCGAUGUUGAUGAGCCAAUGUCAUCUUCGAAUUUGCUGAAUCAGCUAGUUGGUGAUGCAGGUGCUGUUCAGAAUGAUUUUGAACCAAUUGUCAUGAUGGAUAAGGUUUCCGAAGCUUUUGCUGAAGGGUACGAACCAGCGGGGCCUGGUAGUUUUACUCCGCGACCAAGCAUGAAUGAUGUUGCACCGAAAGUUGAAGAUAGCAUAUCCGGGCAAAAUCUGCAGUCAGAAAAUCCCCAGGUCCCUCAUGUUGGGUCUCCGGGUGAAGCUACCCCUUCUGGAGUGGCCCUUUCUCAGCCCGCUUCGAAUUCAAAUCUAGUAUCAUCGGAUCUAAACGAAGAGCUGAACGCAGCACAGCCUUUAUCAGAGCAGUCAUUGAACGCUGACGGCAUAGUAAAAGUAAAUUCCCCUACAUCAGCUAUAGAAGACAAUCCAUCGCCCGAUGUAAAUACCAAAGGUGAAAAUGGAACCAAAUCUGAAUAUGGAAAUCAUACUGAGUCCUCGGCAAACCCUCCGACAUCGCCACAAGAACACAGUCCACAGACCAGUCUACACAACAACGCGGCCAAUAUCGACUGUGAAAAUACUGCCAAUGACGGUACCAUUAUCGUUGGACCGGACGUUGUAGUUGCCUGGCAAUCCAAUGAGUAUUCGUUAUUUCCAAAAUCUGAAUCUGACAGCCCAGACAGCUUUUUCCUUUCAGACUUGGAAAUAAUUGGGCGGCCAUUGAGCGAGUUUCUUCUGUCAAUACGUGAGGUUCUUAGCGACGAGCUUCAGGAUGAAGAUGAGCUUUGCAUGGCCGUUGGUGAUUUAGGCCUUGAGUUUGAAGAGACAUCUAUUCAUUGUCAAGAUUAUACUUUAAGCCAAGUGAUUGAUGUUUUUCACAAGCUGUUAGUCAACGACGGCCAGGAUAUUCAUCCUUUAUAUCUGAAUCUAAAUACGAGACCAAACUUCGCCAAGCGGUACGAUCUGUGUGUCUCUGGCGUUGCAGGUGGUAAAGGCUUGUCAGACGUAAUCGUCUAUAGCGAAGAGGGCGGAAGCCAAGAGGAUAUUCGAGAUGAUACCAUCGGUGCAGAAAACAGGGACUUAGUUGAUGACGAAGUAGAAAACGAUGAGUCGGACAACCCAGCCGAAACCCAAGAGAAUGAAGCCUUUAGCAAGGAGCUUAGUACUCAAUCUGUUGCGACGGGAGAUGUAGCAGACACUAACGACACUAAUGAGAAUCUCGAACCUGUCGAGCACUCAUCCAAGCUAACCUCGACUGAUGCGGCGGGUCAAGAAACAUUACAGAACCCGCCAGUAUUCGACAACCCUCUACCGAAUGAUUUCUUGAAAUCGAACGACGGUCAAUCUGAAGACCACAGCGCACCAGACGAGGAAGACGACCUGAUCGACUAUUCAGACGAAGAACCGGAGGUGCCGAGUGAACAAGAAGCAGCUAAAGCACAUGGCAAGAGCAAAUACACUAAUAGCUCAAUACAAAAAGAAGAACAAUAUACAAAAGACGACGAAGAUGCAGUGGAAGCGCCUACGAUAUCGAUUUCACCAGGCGUAGAGGAAGGCGCACUCGGUAAUUAUGAUGCAAGUCUCGUGUCCGAGCAAGACGGUUUUCAAGACGAUGGCUCUGCAGCUGUAGACCAACCGAAUGGUGAGAUUGAAUCUGAUCACAACGAACAAGGGAACGACAUAGUAGGCGGGGCAGCUGAAGAUCCAAGCGAAGUUGAGAAUCCUAUCCAGGAUGACGACUCUAAUGUGGGAAAUGUUGAAAACAUAGGCGAAAGCCAUGAAUACGCCGCAGAAGACCAAGCCACGGACCCGAACCAACUUGACAGUGCUAACCAUGAAGACCCAAACCACGACGAGUUCCACUUUUUCGAAGGCGAACUUGACCUUGGAAUCAACCAAGACGGUUUCCAGCUUGAAGGCGACGUAGAUUUUCUAGAUAACGGGGAGGGAAUACAAGCAACAGUUGUCGAUGAGCAAGAAUUCGCCGACGCCGCCGACUCGAGCGCUACCGUCAGUGCUGGUGAGCCCCAAGAAGAAGAUGAUUUUGUAGGUCAAGAAUACAACGAAGAUGCAGAAGAAGAGCUUGUCCCAACGAACGAGGGAAAUGGUAGCCGCGAUGUCGAAAACCAAGAUGAAACGAAGCUCGACUUAGACAAACCAGCCGGUGAUGAGAUUGAUUACGAUGAGGUUGAAAUCAAGUUAGCCACAACCCUGGGAAGCCGGCCAGAUGCUUCACCGAUGACCAAUGGUUCAUCCAAAAGACCCCUUUCCGAGGUAGACGUUGACGAUGCCGUGACUACAACAGAUAAAGAAGCCAAACGGCCACGUUCGUAA